CUCGAAAUGACAGAACAAUGAAUAUUGGCAAUAUGUAUUGUUAUAUAUAUAUAAUAGGUCUAUUUAAUAAAAUUUGUGUUGAGAGAGACAGGAAAUUAGUCAAGACGUUGAACGUAUAUGAAUGUAAUAGAAAAGGGAGAGAGAACUGGAGAGUUAUAAUUUCUUAAUAGAAUGAACGUUGAAAUAAUAAAUGUAGAAUGCUAAAAGGAAUAAAAUUGAAAUAUGUUUAAUUUCAGUAAAAACCGAAGCCCACAUAAGGUAAGUAGUUUUAAAUAUUAUUACAUAUUUCUUGAUGUGAAAAAUGAAAAACUAUGUGCCUAAAAAUAAUAAACUAAGGAAAUUUAUUUUGAACAGAAUGCAGUUCCUUUGACCUUACUUUAUAACAUUCAAAAUCCCAAAAAAUUGAUCUAUUAGUCAUAAGGAAAUGUGUUACUUCUUGAGAAAAUUUUAUUUAACACAAAACACAAACAUAUUUAUAAGACGAAAAUCUUAUUGUUGAAUUUUAUAUAUCAAUGUAUAUAAAUAUAUAUAUACAUAUAUAUGUAUAUGCAAAUAUGUAUAUAAUGUAUUAAUUAUUAUAUGUAUGUAUAAAUAUAUAUAUAUAUAUAUAUAUAUAUAUAAAUAAAUAAAUACAUAAAUAAAUAUAUAUAUAUAUAUAUAUAUAUAUAUAUAUAUACAUAAUACAUACAUAAUGCAUACAUUGCAGAACUUCAGAAAAAUAUUUAUAUAUAUAUAUAAAUAUAUAUAUAUAAUAUAUUAAAUAUUAUAUGUAUAUAUAAAUAUAUAUAUAUAUAUAUAUAUAUAUAUAAAUAAAUAAAUACAUAAAUAAAUAUAUAUAUAUAUAUAUAUAUAUAUAUAUACAUAAUGCAUACAUAAUGCAUACAUUGCAGAACUUCAGGAAAAUAUUUAGCCCAGCUGGAAGACGUAAAGAGAAGGUAGAUUAUGAUGAAGAAGAAGAGCUGAUUCAAAAAGAAGGUAAACUGAAAUAGCAAUAUUAGACAAUCAUAAUUCUUCGUGUAGGCAGUAAGGUUAUUUACACAAUUCAAAUUUUGUAAAUUCCUUCCCCGACCCUGAUGACGAGUUAUAAUGUCAAUUUCUUGUUGCCUUUUGAUAACAUGUGUACAAUAAAACGAAACAUUAAACUCGUCACUCGUCAUUUAGUGCCUAAAAAAUUGAGCUUGUUUUCUCAUACGAAAAUAAUGAAUUUAAUUUUUUCUUUCAUUUUCCAAUCUCAGAAGUAGUGUACAUCAGAAUUAAACAAAGUACACAAAUCUUAUCUCUAUGGUAGUUAUUAAUGUUAAUGGUAGAAGCGAAAGAGAAGGAGAACAUUAUUAAUUAUUAUACCAAUUAUCAAGUAAAACUACAUGUUUUUCAUAUUCUGUUAAAAGAUCUAAUAUAACUGAUAAUUCAGUAGCCUUCUAUUGCACCAAGAACUUUUGAACGUUAUAUGGGUUUUUUCGUUUUCUGAGACAAUUCUACAAUCAGUUUUUGUUGACUUUACUAAUUUUGUGGUGUCACUUUUCAAUCACACGAAGAUCUUUUGCUCUAUUCGACUGCAUUUUUUAAAAGUUUUUAAUAUGCUUAUGAGAAAUUUAGACCAGAUACAUUUUCGAAAUAAAGUUACUUGAUGGAAGUUUGUGUAAUGGUAUUGUUUAGAACGAAGCUUGUUUGGAACAAAUUAAAGUGAAAAAAACAAGAAACAUUAUUGUUAUGAAAAAGUAAACAUUUCCCACAUUUUCAGUCGCACUUUCAUUUAGAAAAAUAUUAAUAAAACAUCUAAUAAAAACUAAUUUCAUCACAAUUACACUCUAAAUUAAACAUGUUUUCGAAAAAAUGUGCCUUCAAUCAAAUAUAUUCUAUACAACUUCCAAAAACAAGAAAUAAUUUAUUUGACCAUGUCUGCCCUUGCCAAAUACACGCUUUGUUAAGGCUUGUGUUUAAGUAAUGUUAGAUGUACUUUCAACGACAAUGCUAAGUACGUCAAUUGGUGGUGGUGGGUAAUUCGACAAGUAGCAAUUUGUAAAAUUCGGAUUAUUUUCUAAUGUAGUGAUAGUCGAAUGUAUAGGUUCUGCUGUGUGUAAAAUGUUUAUGCACCUAAACAAAACAUCCACUAUUUUCAUUAUAAUAAUUAAAUGAUAAUGUGACGUAAGAUAUUACUUAGUGGAAAAUAGUUUUACUUGUGUUUAAAUUUAAAAUAGUUUAAUUAGGAUUUUAUGUUUUUGAUGUUUACGAUUUUAAAUAUUUUCAAGUGUGACUAACUCAUAAUUAUUUGAGUAAUAAUACGUUUAUUUUAAAAACAAUAUUUUUGACAAAUAAGAUAUUUUUUUAAGGUUUAAAAUGAAAUCAUUAUAAACGAUUUUAAUACUUUUACAGAAGAUUUAAAAGAUGUUCAAAUUGAUAUUUUUACAUCUAUUGAUGAGGAUUACAAACACUGUCAGAAAAAACAUAAAGACUUUAUGUCCAAGAAGGAGUUAACCCUUUCUGAUCUACCAGAGCACAUGCAGAACGAAGAUGUUUUUGAUUUAAUUAAAACGACAGCUGACCUGACUGUUAUGGUUACUUUUUCUGAUGACAGUGAUACAUUGAAAAAAAUGGGCACAGGCUGGAUUGGUCAUAUUUUACAAUAUACAAAAAAGGAUAAAAUGAAAUGCACUUGCAAGAAAUGCAGAAAGUCUCCAAACUACGAUUGGGGAAAAAUAACUGUAUAUACAUCAACAGAUGUGGUUCCAAAUAAUUCUAAUGGGAAACAAGUUGUCUGUAGUAUUUUUAUUGAUGAUGAUGAAGACAAUGUUUUACAUUUACAGGGCUGCGAGGUGGAAGCAAAAUUUCACAAGUGUAGAAUUAAAUUUAAAACCUGCAACGCGGAAUUGUUAAAAAAAUUAAAUAAACUAAGACAAAAAGUGACUGAACUUACUUACAAAAUAAACACUAAAUAUAAAGAUUUAAAUGAUGGGUCUCUCAUUUCCGAUGACGAUGAAAGGUUAGUGAUAAUCAUUUCAUAUAUACAUGGUAUGAACAGGCGUGUUUCUUUGGGGUCUUGGUCACACAGAUCCGCCAAGAUUGAUAAAAAAAAUAACAUAGAAAUCACGAAGUACAUUUACACAGCUCCGACCUGUCUAGGUAGCACGGGUGCCUACGUUUACAUACUGGGUCGAGCACACUGUGGUUGGCUUUAUCAACACUAUCAUGUUGGUGUUAAUGCAUUAAAUCAGGGUUUCUGUGGCUAUGGGAUUGAUGCCUAGUAGAAUUUUUUUUUUGAUUGACUAAAGAUAGGAUACUGUAAGUAUCAACUUAAUGCUAAUUUUUAAGCAGUGAAACAAGACUGAACGGUGACGUAUAUAAAACUGAAAGUAUAUCAUGCACAAAAUGUCAUAACUGAUUCAUUUUAUUUUUUAAAAAAAACAAAGUUAGAUAGUUUUCACUGUUUAGUGUUUAAAUUUAUUAAACACAUCAAAUGUUUUUACGUAGUUUUUUCAAUUAAAGCUAUGUGUAUAUAUUAAAAUUGACAUGAUAUAAAAAAAAAAUCUUUCAUUUAAUCAAAAUCAUACACAAUUAUAUGUAUUAAUUUUAAACCUGAAUUUUAAAAACAUAAAGCACUAUUGAAUGUAACUGUUAAUAACUUAAUCAUAAAUAACUAUGAAAACGGCCCCGGUUUAAACUUUAAAAAAAUAUUCGUUAGCUAAGAAGAAACAUCAAAUGUUUACUAUUUUAAAUUUAAUAUUACUCAAAAAUGCAGUUUGCUGUGUAAUGUUUUUGAUUAUAAUAUAUAAUUGUUCUUAAUUUUUACAAAACUGAAUCAUAUUUUAUUAUAGAAUGUAUUAUUUCAAAUAUUAUUAGCAUCACCUACAUAAACAAGAGCGUAUUUUGUAAAAAAUAAAUUUAGAAAAUUCAGUUGAAUUGGAAUCAAAGAACAUUUUUAUGCUAGUGCGUCAUUUUAUAAAUUCUUUCAGUAUUAAUUUUAUACUUUAUGUUCGUAAAUGCAAGUUAUUUUGUAUCUAAAAUUAACAAUUUGGCACAAUAUUUUAAAAAUCCUUUUGGAAAAUACUUUAGCCCUUACAGAUGGCUCAUUCCCAUCCACAUCCGCAAUUAGCCAGUAAAAUUGAUACAAAUAUGUUUUAAAGUGUUUUAUAUGUUAUUUAAAAUAUCCCUUAAAACACAAUCUUAAUACAAUUUUAAAAUUAAAAUGUGACAUAUAUAUAUAUAUAUAUAUAUAUAUAUACAUAUAUAUAUAACAUAUGUCCUUAUUAUACUAUUGUAAUCAGAUAUUAUUUACCAAAUACCGUGAUCAGACUUUCAAAUUCAUUUAUUUAAAAACAAAACUUUACGUUGGCCUUAUAUAUAUGAUAUAUAAAAUCAUCUUUAUAUGAAAGCUUUCUUGGUUUUAGUUUCCCAUUUUAAUAUUCUUGAGUGCGAAAAUAAAUUAUAAUAAAAUACUUUUACCCAUAAAGAUGUUGUAUUCUUAUUUAACAAAUUAUUCACUUUUCUUGAAAUCAAUUUCAUUACUGUAUUAAAAAAACAUUAAAUUAUGUAAAUAUUAGACUAGAGUCCUGGGUGGCCCAGCGGCCUAAAUUGUCUCAAACAAAAAAGAUGGUGGUCUCAAUUUCAAUCCCCACCAAAGCCAGCUUCCCAAAAAAACCCGCGUGACUGGGACUCGUUAGACUUGGAAGGCAACCCAUAUAAGAGAAGGCAAACUCUGAAUUUAAACCAAGAGCGAGAUUUAUCAACAAAUUGAUCGGGGACCCCUCAGAUAUAAUAAGAAGACAAAAACCAUUUUAAAAAAAAGGUUUAUAAUUGUUUCAAAUUAAAUCUGAUUUAAAUGUGAACACAUUUAUAAAAACCACCAGCAAUAUUUGUGAUAUUUAAUCAAGCCCGUUCUUAGGCAUACGCUGAUUACGCAUCCGCGUAGGGCCCCGAACAUGAAGGGCCCCCGUGUGGGGUUUUCUCCUCAGCUCGAGGGAGUUCUACCCACCUUUUGGGGCUCCCAACCUAAGCUCCCAGCUUUGCGCCCCCAAACUCCGAAGAACGGCUCUGAUUUAAUGAUGUGAUAUAUUAUAAAAAAAUAUUUAUUAUUGCAGAAAUGCAUAUACAUUGAAUUUCCUAUUGAAUCAUAUAAAAUGUUUCCUUUUUUUACGUUCCAUAUUUGUAUACGUUUUUUACAGCUCUGCUUAAAUCUUAUAUAUUAUUGGUGUCAUUUUUUAAAAUUUAUUUUGUAUAUCAUUGUGUAUUUGAGAGGGAGGAAAAACGUUCAUUUGUUUUGGUUGUUACAAACUAUUUAUUCUCGUUUUUGCUCAUUAAGAAUGACCUUACAUCCUAAACAAGUUUAUGAAGUCAUUUACUAAAAUAGGAUUAAUUAUUUGAUAUUGCUCUAUCAUAUACCUAUUAAUGCCAAAAUAAAUGUAGUUUUUAAUUAUUUUUAAAAAAAAAUUGUUUUUACCGCUUUUGGUUUGCUGAAAAAGGCUACUGACGAAAAGCUCAUUGCCUUGCUACAUCCCUUUUUCAGGUUUCCCUAAUACUUAAUUUUGCGUAUUUCUUUCUACAUAGCCUGAUUGCUGCGUCCCUUACUUAUUAACAAAUAAAAAGAAAAUCUACAUUUCUAAUUACACUUUUUAUGUUCAUUAUAAAAUUUAUAUUUAAACAAUGUGAAUGAUUUUUAAUGUAUAGACCUCUUUAAUUUUCAGAGGAGUCUAUAGCAGUUGAGAACUUAAAAAACCAUAAAUAAUUUAUUAAUGUAAAAUACAAAAAAGGAUGUAACCAUCAACGAUUUGUCGUAUGUGGUAGCGAGGUUAUCGCCCGCAAUAAAAGUUUAAGACAACCUUACAUAGAUUAGUAAAGGCUCAUUGUACUGAUCAAAUUUGAAAUUUUUCUAAUGUCAACAUACAUGUUAGAACUGAUACCUUAUUUCAUCUUUAGAAAUACUUACAAUAGUG